UAUUUUGAAGCCGUUUUCGGCGAGCUUCCGAUACUGCCUGCGGCACCUUGACGCCGCUCCGUUCGGCAGUCGGCAUGACAACGCGCUGUCGAGGGCAAACGGGUAACAACUGACGGACGCGAGGAUGGCAGCAGAAGAUGCCCAGUAAUAAAAACAGCGGCAGGAUCCGAGCGAACGGCGGCACCAGGACCUGCUCAGGGAGCUGCCAGGUCCAUGUCCCGGCCAUGGAGAGAGCGCGACCGAUGACGGUGACGGUGUCGGCGGUGAGCCUGGCGCUCAGCGUGCUGUCCCUGCUGCUGCUGGUCACCGCCAUCUCCACCGACCACUGGUACGAGACCGACACCCGCAGACACAAGGACAACUGCGACCGACACGGAUCAGACUCGAACGACCAAAAGAACCGGGAGAUGCCCAUUUACCACCUGCCGCUGGUGGACACCGGCGGCGUCGGCGGCGGGGCGCGGCAGCGGGACGUGGCGCUGAUGAAGCCCGUGCAUGUGGGCAGCAGAGAGGAGGAGCUGCUGGAGAACUGGCGGGCCAUCCUGGGGAUGGGCAUCCUGGAAACGGAGUGCGGCAGGCCACUGUUCUCCACACACUCCGGGCUCUGGAGGAAGUGCUACUUCAAGGGCCUGGAUCCGGACAUCGAUAAGCUCAUCGACCGGGGUAUUGCUGAUCGGUGCACAGCGGUGAAGUAUCACUUCUCUCAGCCAAUUCGACUGAGGAAUAUCCCCCUGAACCUGACCAGAACCAUCCAGCAGGAUGAAUGGCACCUGCUACACCUACGGAGAAUCACCGCUGGAUUCUUGGGUAUGGCAGCUGCCGUCCUGCUGUGCGGCAGCAUUGUGGUCUCGGUCGGUUUCGUCUGGGAGGAGAGCCUGACACAACACGUUUCUGGACUGCUCUUCUUGAUGGCAGGGAUCUUCUGCACCAUCUCUCUGUGCACGUAUGCAGCUAGUGUCACCUAUGACUUAUCCAGAAACCCCCCCUUUAUCUACGGGCUCCCUGCUGACGUGGAUCAUGGUUACGGCUGGUCAAUCUGCUGCGCCUGGGCCAGUCUGGGCCUAACUGUGGCCUCUGGUUGCAUUGGCACCACCUUUCCCUUCCUAAGCCGGGCUGGAGCUCUGCGAUCCAAAACAGCCCGAGAGUCUUCGGUCUGAGCCCCCAAAUGUCAGUGAACUGGAUGAAGAGGAGCACCUAUAUUUACCUGGGUUUGAGGGUUGUUGGUCUCAGCCACCCGUUUUUAAACAGUGAUUAUGACUUGUAAUCUGAAAGUGUUUGUGUGUAGCACAGUGCCACCUGCUGGCUGCUGCACCCUGCAGUGGUUUGUUGACGUUAGUGUCUUACUAUUUCUCUCUCUCACACGCACAGUCAGAGUCUGGGGGCACUGGAGCUGGGCCAGAGUCAAUUCAGUUAAAUAUGAGUGUUUAGUUAGUGUUUUAGUUUUUGUUGACAUUUGUUGUUUUAACUGGUUUAAGAGUUUACGUAGUAAGAGUUGACUUUACUUUUACUUACUGCUAGAAAUUCCACCCCUCAAUUAUUCAACUAGAAUGUAAUUAUUUACCACCAAGUCACAAAAGCAAAGACAUUUGUCCUUGCUUUUGAAGACAAAGUGCUUCACAUUUAAAGGACAAGAACUUAGUGGGAAAGCGGGCAUAACCAGAAUGGACAAUAUCCAAAUAGGCCAGCCACAGGUAGGACCUGAACCACGCAGCCUCCUGAUACAGGCCUCUACGCAGGGGUAGAACUCAGUGUAAAAGCGAGGGAUGUGCCAGCCAUCUGAACCCUAGCCAUGGUUCCAGGAGUGAGUCAGAGACACUUGACAAGCCUGGUUCUGUUUAACAUUCAUAGAAAAUAAAACCUCAUUCAGAAUAUAAGCAUAUGCUUUGGUGGACGGCUCAGUCCUCCUCUGAGCUGCUUCUAAACUCUGACCCUGCAUCUCUGUGACUAUUAUGAACUCUUACCUCACAACCUAGAUGCUGAAACAAGCUUUGGACAAAAUGUGUAAAAAUGUAAUUAAAAGAUUAGAAAAUCCCACAAAAGCAUUGUAGAACCUGGAGAUUCAGGUCACCCAAACAUUUGGGCAAAUCUUCAAGACAUCAGAACUGUAUAUUAGGAACGUGUGUGACUUUCAGCACCUACAUAUGCGUGACAUGUAAAGAAGUCUUUCUCUAGUAGACAGACUUCAGAUGUACAGAAGAUGCUGAUCAGUGAAUUCACCUGCAGGUUUGUGUGAGAACUGAAUCAGCAUAAAAAUGAACCAGGAUGUAAAUAAUGUUAUGUUAUAAUUCUACAUGUUGUGUUUGGACUGUUUAAUGCACAGCCAGUUUGUUACAGUUGCUCCUGGUGUGACAGGUUGUCAAUGAUGAAGUGCAUAAAUUGAUGGUUACAUUUAAUCAGCUCCACUUGCAAAACCAAACCUCAUAACCACUAAAAGAGGCAAACAACAAGCACAGAGAUGCACAAGUGCAGACAAAGACUCACACUGCUCACAGCUGUGAGUUUUUUACACACUGACACUUUAUUUAGCCAUCAGCCUGCGAGCUGAGCCACAGAAAGACCUGCAUCAUGGAUGUCUGGACUACACAUGUACCAGACAGGAACCAGAUUCCCUCAACUGGGUUAACAAAUGGACUGAUCUCAGAUCAUGUUUGAACUGUCAGGACGACUGACAUCAUCUCAGCAUCACACCUGUGUGCAAAUGGACAUGUCUGCUGCUUAGUGUUUUAUUAUUUCUCUCUUUUAGUUAUCUUCUGCUCAUCCUCAGAUACCCUCUGAUUCCCCAUCACACCUCCCCAUCUCCUCAUAUAUUGUUGAAUACUGUAUUAACAUGCUCCUCUCUCUGCUCUCCUUUAACCACCCCAUAAACCCUAAACCUAAUAUCCUCUACAACCUGUUGAUAUUGUGCCAAACCCAUCAGAAUAUCCUGAAUAUCCGAUUAUGCCUCCGGUAUAAUAAAGUUUAAUAAUCUCUGA